ACGGCACGUUCUUAUUAGCUAACCCGUUGUCCACAAGUUGGCUGCCUACUGUGUAUCGCGCUGUUCGUUUGUUGCUGUCCAAGUACUUGUUUAGUGAUUUGUUAAAAAAUUUUUUUAUACAAAUUCACCGCUUGCGUCCAAACCGGAUAAUUUACACACCUCGUAGGGUACCGUAGGUUUUUUCAUUUUGGAAAGUUUUUGUUAUUUUUAUUGUUGACGUCAAAUUUUGUAUUUAUAAUAUUUAUUGUUCAUAUUCAUAUUUAUAUUACCUUUACGCUACAAAAGUUACCUUUAAUAACUGCUUAGUAAAGUGAUGGCCGUGUGUAGCUCAGUAGUUAAAACUGUCGUACCCGAUUACAGCAAUGGUGACUGCGUCAAACUGUGCAGCGAACACUAUCGUCCACCAAAAGACAAUCUAGCGUACCGGCAUCUUCCCCCAAAUACGGACACCGUGCAGACUAAACCGUUUCCGAUUAGAGGAGAACGUUUAAAUUAUGUCAACACACCGCACGUUAUUGCCAUGGUCGGGUUGCCGGCCCGCGGCAAGACUUAUAUUUCGAAAAAACUUUCCAGAUACCUUAACUGGAUCGGCAUCAACACCAAAGUUUUCAAUCUCGGAGAAUACCGCCGACACGCCACCACGGCCUACAAGAGUCACGAGUUUUUCCGUCCAGACAACAAGGAAGCCAUGGCUAUCCGGACACAAUGCGCCAUCGACGCUCUCGACGACGUGUGCACGUGGCUGGACAACGGCGGGGAAGUAGCAGUGUUCGACGCCACCAAUUCGACCAUCGAACGGCGGCAGCUGAUAUUGGACAUUGUCGUCAAGAAACGAGGGUUUAAACUGUUCUUCGUGGAGUCCGUGUGCGAUGAUCCGAAAAUCGUCGAACAAAACAUCAUGGAAGUCAAAGUCAACAGUCCGGACUACCAGAGCAUGGGUGCGGACUUAGCGCUGCGAGACUUCUUGCAGCGCAUAGAGCAUUAUCAAGAGCGGUACGAGCCGCUCGAUGAGCACACUGAGUCCAGUCUCAGCUACAUGAAAAUAUUUAACACUGGCGAGAAGGUGUUGGUGCGAAAACACGAAGGUCACAUACAGGCGCGCAUCGUUUACUAUCUGAUGAACAUCCAUAUCAUUCCAAGGACCAUUUAUCUUACCAGACACGGCGAAAGCGAAUGCAACAGAGAAGGCAAAAUCGGAGGAGACUCGCAGCUGUCUCCGAACGGUGUUAAAUACGCCAUAGCUUUAGCCAACUACAUCAACGACCAAAACAUCAAAAACCUCCGGGUGUGGACGUCGUGGCAUCAUCGGACCAUUCAGACGGCGUGCGGCGUACGGGCACCUCAGGAACGGUGGAAGUCCCUCAACGAAAUAGACGCAGGCGUUUGCGAAGGUAAGACGUACGAAGUGAUUAAAAAUGAAUACCCCGAGCAGUUUGAAGCCCGCGACAAAGACAAGUUUGCCUACCGCUAUCCGAGGGGCGAAUCGUACGAGGAUUUGGUAGCACGGUUGGAGCCGGUCAUUAUGGAACUGGAAAGGCAGGGUAACGUGUUAGUGGUUAGCCAUCAAGCCGUGCUGAGAUGCUUGCUGGCGUAUUUCUUAGACAAAUCUGCAGAAGAGUUACCUUACUUGGAAGUGCCUUUGCACUCGCUGAUCAAGCUAACGCCUGUAGCGUAUGGUUGCAAAAUGGAGCAAAUCAACUUUUCCAUUGAUGCCGUCAAUACGCAUCGCCCUAAGCCUCAGGUUCCAGGAUUCUUAGAAGAUCGGUUCAAAUUCAAACCCGACAGCGACAAGAAAGAAAACGGCGACACGAAUUUACCCACUUAACCGACCGAUAAUUAUUAUUAUAUUUUGUAAUAAUAAUUGUAAUAUCACCAAGAGCUAAUUAUAAUAACACGAAGAAGAGCUACACACACCUAAACACAUGAGCGUCCAAUAACAUAUUUAAAACGAAAAACAAGAGCAGGGAGAAAAAUGUCUUUUCUUUCUUUUUUAAAUUUUCGCCGCCGAGAAAUUGUUUCGACGAACGAUCGACUUUGAUUAACUGAUGCUUUGACGCUAUAUUUUGGCAACCAUAUAAAAUCGAAUUCGACUAAUAUAUAAAUUUUUUUUUUUUGUAUACGGUUUAAUAACUUCUACUUAAUUUAGAUGAUUUUACAAUAGGAUGUAUGUAAAUAUUUAUUAUAGCGCAAUGUACUUAUAGCCUGUUUCAAUCUAUUUAUAUUUAUAAAUUAUUACAUUAUAUGAUAUAUUGAUAUUACUAUUAUUAUUAUUAUAUAUUAACAUUACACGCUAUAGUUGAUAUCUUUAAAAUUUCCAUAAGUUUGUUUUUUUUUCUUUGUUUAGAAGUGUAAGGAUUUCUUCUUUUUUUUUUUUUGUAUACACCUUUAAAACCAAUAUUAUAACUCAUAAUAUCUAUUUAUGGUGAUCACACAAUAUGUUUUUAUCGUUUUGAGCUUAUAUAUGUGUAUGUCCUUGAAUGGAAAUCUUUAAUAAUUUUUUUUUAAAAAAAAGAAACAAUUUCCAUUCUUCGAUCUAUAUAUUUUCACUUAACUAAAUUAUUAUUGUGAUAUUUUCGAGAAACUGUGAAUUUUUCUUCUUUGUUUUUGUAUACCAAAUGUUUGUUAUUUAAAAAUAAAGAAGGUUUUUUUUUGUUUUACUAAA